CAGCUUGUAGCAUUUAUAGAUUUUAAAAUGUCCAUUUCUCAUCAAACGGUGUCAUUUUCAUGUUUCAUCUCUGGGAGGCACUGUCCAGAUUGCUGGGAUGAUUGAGAGCUUCUCUUCAUCGAGGAUGAGUCACAGCGGCACGCUUUCCCCUUCUGAGUGCAGGGCAGGUUAGCUUUUAGACGCUUCUGGUUUCUGGAGACCCGGAGUUCCUGAGAGUUCCAAGUGGGUAGCGUUUGCCGGCAGACAGUAGUGGGAUUCGUGCAUCCGUCCGGCAGUUACAUUAUCGCUGUAACUCAAUGGCGUCAAUACGCUCGCCGAUUACCAGCGUUUUGUGGUGCUUCGUGAUCUUUGUACCCCUUGUGCAUGCUUUUUGUGAAGAUCCUGAUGACGAUGACGUUGUGUGUACUCAAAGAAGUUUUAGUUCGUUUGUUGCCAUUGGAGUGAGCUUCUGUGGGAUCUUCCUGUUCUCGCUCGUGCUCUGUUUGUGUUGCCCUUGCUGCCUUCUCUACAAACUCGCACGAAGAGGACGUCAGCCUGUUGUCACAAGUUCAACCACGACCACGGUGGUCCAGUCUGCAUAUCCAUCGCACCAACCAGUGCCAGCUCAAGGGUUUGUCCCGUACCAAGGUUACACGCCUAUGCCAGUGCAGCCAGGACCCGCUGUCGGAGUGCCCUAUCAUGCAAGUAGUCCCUAUCCACCACCAUAUCCAACUCCAUAUUCCGGGCAGCCUCCUUCAUAUCAAGAUACCGUGGCAACUGGUGCCAGUGCACCUUACCCUGUCGCACAGCCGCCCUACAAUCCAUCUGCACAGCCGCCCUACAAUCCGUCUGCACAGCCGCCCUACAAUCCGUCUGCACAGCCGCCCUACAAUCCGUCUGCACAGCCGCCCUACAAUCCUGCCUAUGGAUCUCCAGAGAAGGCACAUUAAUAGACACAUGACCAACUCGGUUAUCAAGUGCAUUUACUGAUUUAUUUUAGUCUGUUACUAUUUUGUACGAGUUUAAUGCUGGAGAUGAGUUACCUUGUAAACAUUUUAAACUGUUCAGCAGUUACUUAAGUUUAAAAGAGUGCUCUUCCCAUCCCCAACCCGCACGCCCAGCUUCACGUCGACAUUCUUAAUUCCUGAGAAGAUGUGACGUCAUUGUUAAGUGCAGACCUUGCUUUUUGAUUAACUUGUCUUUCCAACCAUUUUGGCCAAUCUGAAAGUUGGUUUUAAACGUCUCUUUUUCCUGCAUUAACAAAAUAGGCCUUUUGAUAUCUCCUAAGUUCCCCUUCUGUGAAGGCUACAUGUCACCACUUGCCAUUAAUUAAAAAGUAGCACAUUUUUGUAAGUGCCCUCUGUGCAAACGUUAUCACGUCCAUUUUCUUUCCGGCUUUUUUUCUCGCUGCUUGGUGUAGGUUGUGUUCGGUAAGUUGAAUGGGUAUGGCAGCAGGUUCUGUAAACCGUUUCCAUAAUGCCAACACCAUUUGGGGAAUUCUGUCUUAAAACACAAUGAAAGAGAAGCUGAAUCCAUGUAGAUUUCUGAUUUUGCACUCAUCAUCUCUGACCUCCCCAGUCUUCUGGCUGGCAGCACGUUAUUGGCUAGUAACUGGAUAUAUCUGGGGAUGGGAUGUCUAAUUUUCCCUCCGCUGGUUCUGCUCUUUCCAUGUGGCAGAAUUAUUCCAAGCAUCUACUGCAGAAUGUUCUUGGGUGGAACAGUGGCGCAGCAAGAAGAGCUGCUUCCGCUUGACGCCAGAGGCUGUGGGUUCAAUCCCGACCUUGAAUACUGCUGGUGUAGAGUUUGUAUGUUCUGUAGGUGGGUAGGCCACAUCCCAGGACACGGAUUGGCAGAUCAAAUGAGCAGUGUAAAUGUCGGGUGGAGGUGACUCAUACAAUUGGAGAAUGUAGACGGAUAAAAAUGCAAGUAAUAUAGAAUUAGUGUAAACAAAUAUUGAAGGUUGGGCAGAUUAAUUGGGCCAAAAGACCUGUUUCCAUGGUGUCUCUCUCUAUGACUUGUUGAAGGCACGCCAACAUAUACUGUAGCCCCAUUGGCAAGGUGUUAUUAAAGUAAGAAUCUCAUUGCGGUUCGGAUCUGUUGCUCAACUGGCCCAUUCUGCCACAUAGUGCCAGGUCUCACCCAUUGAAAUGAAAAGCACAGACACAGCUGGCGUGGUAUGGCAGCAACGCUUGACAAGAUUGUUUCCAGGGAUGGUAGGUUUGAGUAAUGAGAGGAGAUUAAGUAAACAGGGACAGUAUUCUCUAGCGUUUAGAAAAAUGAGAGGAGAUCUCAUUAAAGCACAUGAAGUUCUUAAAGUGUUGUAUCUUUCUCAAUGAUUCGAAGACUUGACAGGUUAGAUGUACCACUUCAGAAGGAGGAGUUGGCUACUGAGGACUGAGAUACAGAGAAUUUCUUUCAGAUGCUGAACAUUUGGAAUUCUCUACCCCAAAGGGCUGUGGAGGUUCAUUUGUUAGGUUCUUGAAAGUAUAGUAAUGGAUAUUAAGGGAAUCCAGGGAUAAAGGGAUAGUUUAGGGUGGUGGUGAAUAUUGAUAGCUCAGGUUGAGGUGUGCCGAUAGUGUUGGAAAAUCGCACCGAGGUAGAUAAUCAGCCCUGAUCUUACAGAACGGUGGAACAGCCCGGAAGAGUUCCUGUUUCCUUUGUUCCUCCAUUCUCAGGAGAGUUUGAUGAGAUGCCCAGGGAAACCAAAGAAAAAUGGCAGAAACGGAAUCAUUCCAAAUCAAUGGGAUCAGCAGUAUUGACUGUCGGCUUCGUGUCUUUUAUUAUAUUCGUGACGUAAAACUGCAAUAUUUGAAGUUUUUUGCUGCUGUUUUUAUUCACCUACAGAAGUAAGUGGAGAUGCUUCUGUCAAGCCAACCAGUCAGGAAGUUGAUUAGCAGCAUCGGGAAAGGGCCAGAUGAAUACUAAAAUAAGUUGUGUGCAGUAUGUAUGCAGAUAGAAAUCACGCUGUUAUCUCAUUUGCUCUGUCACCCGGACUGACCUCUCCCCUAACCAAAGACUAACUCUGAGUUCAUUCAUAUCUUUGUGCUUUGUAAUUAUUUAGUCUCUAUCGCCCAAUGACUUUUUGGUUCAAUUCAAUGAAUCGCGAUUUGUAUAUCAUCAGGAUUAAGCAAAAUCAUUCAGAUGCAGUAUUGUUGGAAAAAUAUUCAUGACAUAAAAUGUUCAAAUACUAGUAUCUGUACAAUAAAAUAAAAAGCAUGCUGUGUCAAAAAUAUUGUUAG